AUGGCGCGCGUAGCUAUGAUAGGGACCGCGGCCGCGGAGCCGGCGGCGGACGGGGCUGGCGCUCAAGCGCCGGCCACCGUCGUGCCGCCGGGAACGCGCCGCGGACGACCCUGGAAUAGCAGCCAUCGCGCGCACAUGCGCACGGCGCUGUACGACGAGCUCACCAGCCUCGGCACGCCGGGCAGCUGGACGCACAUCACCUCGCAGAUCGGCGCGCGCCCCUCCCUUCGCCGGCCCGACCCGCACCACCACCGCCCACCACCUCCGCGCGCCCGUCCACACCUUCAGCGGCGUCCUGCCGCAGGCAUGUUCUCCUUCACCGGUCUCAGCCCAGAGCAGUGCACGCAGAUGGUCGAGAAGCACCACGUGUACAUGCUGAACAAUGGCCGCGUCUCCAUGGCCGGCGUCACCUCGAAGAACGUCAAGUACAUCGCCAAGGCCAUCGACGACGUGGUGCGCAACUUCUGA